GAUGUGUUCUUUGACCUUCAUAAGACACAUUACAUUCAACUUCAACAUUCAUGCGUAACAUAGCGUACUCCUUACAUUUGGCGCCUGGAAUUAUUUUUGAAUUGACGCGGGUCAGAGGGUUUGUGCUUCAGUCACGGUGUUAUUGCAUUCAGACAUGUAAUCAACAAAUUGGAACUAUAGUUUGGAGAGGUGGAUGACUUGGCGAUAAAACUAAGGUAUGGCUUAGAGAUGUUGUAUUUGGGGGUGGUGGUGGUGGUGGUGAUGAGGACCUGCAUGACGAAUUCACAAAUCACUUCGAGCAUGCAGUUAUUUAUUUGACAUAAUUUUGUUUUCGCCUGUCUUUACUUAAAUUGAAAUAGAGCUAGGCUACUCUUCAAGAUUGUUACAUGUGUUUAUUUAUUGAUAAUAAUUCUAAGACAUUGAGGACUACAAUACAUGCUGCACCAAGACUCUAAAUGCACAAAGGGUCGCUGUUCAUCAGCAAAAGUCUUAUUGGUAUCCUCCCUACGACGCCAUUACACAUCGUCAUAAAGUGGGCAACGGUCUCUAUUCAUUGAGGCAGUUACAGUAGCUAGUCCAUGGCCAUAACGGAUUAAGGUGGAAAUUAUUAGUGUUGUCAGUAGAAGACCGGCGAAAGUACAGUGGAUAUUGCAAUUACACACCAUCGGAAUCGACCGAUCCAUAAUCUGAGAUAUAGCGCACAAGUCUAUUUUCCAGAGGACAAUGAAUGCUCAUGUUAACGCGCGUCACUGGCAAAGGUACGUCUCAGCUUUUCUAAUGUCAUGCCUCCUGCACUCGGCAUCUGCUGUAACACAUUAUUCAGUUCCUGAGGAAAUGGAGAUCGGCUCUGUUGUUGCAAAUCUAGCUGCAGAUUUGAACAUCGAUGUCAAUACACUGAGUAGAAGGAAGAUGCGACUGGAUAACAUUGCAAACAAAAAGUACCUCGAAAUCAACAAGGAGACAGGAGAGCUGUUCAUAUUCGAGAGAAUUGACAGAGAAUACCUCUGCCUUGCAAAAUCGACAUGUGUAUUGAAACUGGACGCUACAAUAGAAAACCCUAUUCGAAUAUUUAACAUUGAGGUGGAAAUAUUAGAUAUUAAUGAUAAUGCCCCACAUUUUCGUAAAGAUACAAUUCAUCUUGACAUAUCAGAAUCCACACCAGUCGGUGAACGAUUCUCUUUGAACAAUGCUGUGGAUCCUGACGUCGGUUCGAAUUCAAUCAAAACGUAUUACCUUAGUGAGAGUGACCACUUCGACAUAGAGAUACAGUCUGGACGAGAUGGUUCAAAAUUCACGGAUCUUAUUUUGAAAAAGUCUUUGGACAGAGAAAAGCAGAAUGUGCAUAGCUUAAUACUCACCGCUGUGGACGGUGGAGUGCCCGCACGGUCGGGGACAGUCAGCAUAGUUGUGCGGGUGUUAGAUACUAAUGACAACGCCCCCCAGUUUGACAAAGAGAACUACAUGAUAAACCUUUCCGAAAACACUCCUAUAGGAAGUCUUGUUGUGAAACUGAAUGCAACGGAUUUAGAUGAAGGCUCAAACGCAGACAUGACUUAUCUAUUCAGUCUUUACACCUCGGAGAAAACGCAACAAACGUUCACUUUAAAUCCUGACAACGGCGAGAUCAGAGUAAAGGACAUGGUUAACUACGAAGAUUUUAAAAUUUAUGACAUGGAAAUAAUAGCAAAAGACAAAGGCACUAAUUCUUUAUCAGGACAAUGUAAACUAACUAUAUUGAUUACUGAUAUGAACGACAAUCAUCCAGAGAUCUCAGUCAAAUCAUUUCAAAGUACAAUCAAGGAAAAUGUCGAAGUAGAUACAGUCAUUGCUGUUGUAAGUGUUAGCGAUAAGGAUUCUGGAGAAAACGGAGUUGUUGACAUUAAAAUCAACGAUCACUUGCCCUUUGCAUUAAGAGAAUCCUCAGACAAUUACUAUGAAUUAGUAGUAUCAACAGACCUUGAUCGAGAAAAGGUUCCUGAAUAUGAUAUUACAUUUACGGUCACAGACAGGGGCACACCUCAAUUAUCUGAUAACGAGACCAUAACUGUAGAAUUGCUAGAUGUUAAUGACAACGUCCCUCGGUUCAAUCAGACGUUUUUCACAAUACCAGUGACUGAGAAUAACGCACCAGGUGCACUAUUAGCUGCCCUUACCGCUGUAGAUCCAGAUCUCCAUGAAAACCAAUACCUCGUUUAUUUCAUCAUAGAAAGGGAGAUUGCCAACACCUCUAUGUCUAUGCUAUUCUCUAUUAACCCAGAGAAUGGCAACCUUUACGCACUGAAGACGUUUGAUUAUGAGAUAGAGAAAGAGUUUCUUUUCCACAUUGAGGCCAGAGAUUCAGGCGUUCCUCCUCUCAGCAGUAACGUUACUGUGCAUAUCAUCAUCAUGGACCAAAAUGAUAACACUCCAGUGAUAGUGUCUCCAUGGCGCGCGCAUGGCACCGUGGUUGAGGAAAAGAUCCCAAGAAACACUGAUAAAGGGAGUUUGGUGGCCAAAGUGAUUGCUAUUGACACGGACUCUGUUCACAACUCUCGUAUAACGUACCAGUUCCUCCAGAACACGGAUGCCACAUUGUUUAGUUUAGAUCAGUACAAUGGAGAGAUCCGGACCAUGAGAAUGUUCAGCUACAGAGACGCGCGUCACCAGCGCCUAGUGGUGAUCGCCAAGGACAAUGGAGAGCCUGCGCUCUCUGCCACCGUGACCAUCAAGCUCUCCACGAUAGAGACUGCUCUUAAAUCCUACGCUGACAUGACUGAGGUGCCUUUGGAAUAUGACAUCUUUUCGGACUUGAAUCUUUAUCUGGUGAUCGGACUGGGCUCAGUUUCAUUUCUGUUACUGAUCACCAUUCUGGUCACCAUCGUGCUGAAGUGUCAGAAACCCAAACACAACAAAGCAGCUCCUCCCAGUAGGAACAGUGUGGUCAGUGAGAGGAACUCAACCUUUGCAGAUUCCACCCUGGUAUCCAAUGACGCAUACUGGUACAGCAUGUUUCUUGCGGAGACGCGUAAAGGGAAGCUGGUUGUGAGACAGCCGGUGCCAAAAGGAUCGAGGUACGUUGUGUCAAGCCUACCGAGAAGCACAGGGCUGACAGAGACCAGUGACUCAGCUGCAUCUACUUUACAGUACUCAAAAUGAGAGCGAUCCCUUCCCACAGCUGGAGGCGUCCACCACCACCAGCAGCAGCUCCUCAUGAGGUCCCUUCCUGGCUACGCUGACGCCGGAGCGACUUCAGGAGGAUCGCAAAACGCCAAAUCGCCCCAACCCUACCCCUGUCCCUUUCCAGCCCUGCCCCGGAUGACCUGACCAACCAGGAGGAUCCUGAGGCCGUCUGCCCCUUCUCAUGUCCACUCAUACUCCCACGCGCACCUGCACGGGUCUCCCCCUGCCCAUCACCCCUCCCAGGACUGCCCGCCCUCACUGCCCCUCGCUGCCCUGGAACACACCGCCACUGCCCACAAAUCGGAGCCUUUUCAUCCAGUCUGUCUGCCCGCAUGACUCCUGCGUACAUCAGAGACUGACAUGCUUAUGGCCCUUUCAUGUUCCACCAUGACCCUGGAGAGAGGACUACUGGGAAAGCGCUACGGCUGUGGACUGGUUUGGGAACGACAUCGCAGAAAACUACAAAACCCAACAUGCAGCAGGGAUACAGAGAGGAAUAGGGGAUUAUCUUCCUGGUGGGGAACCUCAUCUGAUGACCUGAAAUGAAAUGUCCCCUUCAUCUGGUUCUAAAAGGUGGUGAGCUGGAGGGGUUGAGAGGGGUGUAUGUGUACACAAAUGAGAAUAAAAAAGAAGAGUAUGAAAAUAACUGAAAUACAGAAAAAAGGAUAAUUUCAGACUAUGUAGUAUUACUGUUUCCAGAUUAUUAAGGGAUAUGUUCCUGCAAAUUGCCUGCAAAUAUCAGUAACAUAUGUGCUCAGACCACCUAGCUCCUCACAUAUUCAUAAAAGUUUGUAUUGCCACUAAACACCCCACACAUGUGUCAUAGACCCUAAUGGAAGCACACUCUGACUCCAGUACUUCAUGAAAAUGAGCCAUUUUUAUAUUCAUACUGAAUGAUGUCAGUUAAAAAUCAGGCCACCCAGACUCACAUGAUUUCUUCUGCACUGGACACACUCACUGCAAAAAGUGACACCCUCUUUCUCUCACCAUCUCUCUCUCUCUCUCUCUCGCUCACUGCAUACUGCAUCUUACAUCAAACUGAAUGCACCCUUUCUUCGUGUCUGUGAGUCUCUUUUUAUUCUCAUGUCAUUCCAUUCCUUGUUAAUUCCUUCCCUCUUUCUCUCCUUCAGACUAAAUGUAUCCUUUCUUCAUAUCUGUGAGCCUCUCUAUAUUCCCAUGCCAUCCCAGCUCUGUCUCUGUCUUUUUCUCUCUUGCACGCAAACAAAGCCACACAAAGUGCUUUGCUGGUCCACUUUUUAAAUAUUCAUAAACUACUCACCACUGAGUGAGGGGCCAGAUUGAUUAGUGAAUCUGGAGGCCAACUGUUCUGAUGUUACUUACAGAGCGCCUCUCAGCCAACAGCUGAUAAAAUCAGUUCAGUUCAGUCAGGCCAAUUUACGGGGUGCCAAGAGGACAACCUUGGACAAGGGACUGACCAGUGGACGAAUGCCAGAAAACGGUCCCUGUCCCAGCUUGUUCAAACGGGACUUUCAAUUUGGUUUAAAACCAUUCUAAUCUUCAUGACAUGCUCAAGCAAUGAUUGAGCCUGAUGGUUUCCUUGGCUUUUGAGUCUAACUCAUCAUGAUUACCAUGGUAACCGCUCGUUUUUAACAAGUUUUUUUUCUCCCUUAAUCUCCUUUUUCUGUGCGACUGUUAAAGCGAUUAUCUGAUUGUUGGGAAUGUGACUUCAAUGUGCUUUGAUUAUAUGGUAAUGCUUCAUCAUUACAAGAAAAGAUGGUAGUGUGCAAUGUACUAAACCUGUCUAGUUUGCUGAUUCAUUUUUUUUAAAUAUAUGUUUGUUUUUAUAUACAAAAAGAUGGCAGUUAGUAUGCCGAAAUGCUAGAUAUUUUGUAACAUUGACCCUAACUGCAACUGCUGCUUUCAUUUAUUGUGCAAGCUUCUGGAAGUGCUUUGUGUAUGGUAUUCUACUCGUGGUGCAAUAUGUAGGUAUCUUCUUUUUUUUAAAUACAGUAUUAUACUGUGUUGUUUUAAUGCUACGCUGCCCCUUCAGCAGUCAUGGUUAUGCUUAUGAAUUUGAUAGAUUUCCUGGUAAAACAAGCAGAAGGGUCUGGAAGCUCUCUCAGGCCAAUGAGGCCAUGCAGGCCCAACUAAAGCUGUUCUCAGCUUUGAACUCUGCUAGGCAACUGGGGAAAGAGAAUGCAAGAGAGAGGAGGAGAGGGUGAUGAAAAACAGCUGUGUGCGUGAGCUGUGUGUGUACAAGAUAAACAACAGGGACCAAUUCCAGCCAAUUCUCACAACACCGAAUUCUUAUGCAAGACAUGCUAAGUCUUGGCUGCUGCUGAGGUUACUGCAGCUGGGACUGGGUCUCUCUCUCUUUCUCUCUCUCUCUCACACACACAGCUCAUGAAAGCCACAAUUAUUCAUUUAACUUGAAGCUUUUUUUCCCCACUGAUAACGGAAAUGGAGCGCCUAGGCUAUUAAUAAAUAUCAGAUGAAAGGCUGAUAGGCAAAAGAGGGACCCAUUUUCAUGACAGCCACUGGGGGAGUUCACUCCAUCCUCUCAGGCAGCCUGUUUGCCUGCAGUGGGUGGAAGUGGGGGCUAAGUAAUUGUAUUACUGCACUGCUGGUGAUCAGCUGGCCUCAAUGGCCUUUUUAAAGUCGGUGAGUGUGUGUGAGUGUGUGUGUGUGUGUGUGUGUGUGUGUUCCAAGGCACUAAUUCAGGCCCAGCCCAGAACAUAUGGGGCCUGAGAUGGCUUCUUAGACCCUGACUGCUUCAGCUGGUUGUUUUGUGUACAGUGUUGUCUUCUAGCUACAUACGUGGGGGAAAAAAAGGGAAAUGAUAAUAAAAAAAGCAACAAGCUGUGGAGUAUGAUCCACAAUUUCAUCACUUCGUUUUACUCUACAAUAGAAAUAUAGAAACAUUUGAUGUCAAGUGUCAUUGCCCCUUUCAGUGGGCAUGGUAUGUUAAUGCAUUUUCUUGCUACAGACCUGUAGGAAAAUGGUCUUCGAAAGCACUAUAAACUGAGACACGUUUGGGUAAUUUGGGUUGCACAGAAAGUCUUGUCCAAAUAUCAGCUUUUAUAAGGUAUUGGUAACCAUGGCAGAGACAGCAUUGAGGGGUUUCUUUAAGAAAAGGGAGCAUUGCUCUGAUGUAAUAGCUGUUUAUUCUGUAUAAUGGUGACUGUAUUACAGCUAAAAUCAAAUUGAUCUAUGUUAUGAUCAAUGUUGGUAAAAGAAAUCACAUGGCUCUUAUGUUUGGAUAUUAAUUAGCUGUAUUAUGUCUAUGCCUGCCUUCACAUGUGUGUCUGUCUGUGUCUGAGUGUGAGAGGCAGUGUGUGUGUGUGUGUGUGUAGAAUGCACAAGCAUGUAAGCGUGCGGCGUGGUGUUUGUUUGGGUGGAUGGGGAUGAGGUCAUCUUGAAGAUGGUGUCACAAUGAGAAGCGAUAGGAAUGGCUUGAAGAUGGUGUCUCAUUUCUAUAUGAACAAUCUUUUUAUUAAAAUGACAACUAUACUGUAUGUAGCUAUUGGUAAUAAUCACAUACUGUUUAGCAUUACACAUAUUAAACUGUAAAUAUAACUGUGUGAAUAAAGCUUUAAAAUGAGA